AUGUCGGAAUCACGAACUUCGACCAAUUUUCCAACUCCUCCCACCCCUGCCAAGGACUCAACGGAGCCUUUCUGGCAUUCUGAGAGGCAUCCUCUUCAUGAUCACAGAAGCACUGAAGUUCUCCCAGACAACGAAGUCAUUGAUGUCGUUAUCAUCGGUGCGGGAUACGCUGGAGUAGCUAUGGCAUACAAUCUUGUCAAGGAUGAGACUACAAAUAAUGGCCACAAGUUAUCAGUCAUGAUUCUUGAAGCAAGAUCUGUCUGUUCUGGUGCCACUGGAAGAAAUGGUGGACAUCUCCGUCCGGAUUUUUAUGGUCAUAUUCCUACUUAUAUUAAUCGUGCUGGGGCUAGAGCUGGUGCUGAGAUUGCAGAGUUUGAGAUUGCACAUGUUCAGGCCUUGAAGAAGCUCAUCCUACGCGAAAAGUUCGAUUGUGAUUUCACAUUGACCAGAACUUGUGAUGUGUGGAACAAUCAGGAAGCUGCUGAUAAAGCGAAGGUUAUCUAUGAAAGUUUGCGUCUAAACCCAAAACUACCUUACAUGGAGGAUGUUCACUUUACCACGGGCAAGAAUGCUGAAACUAUCUCCGGAAUUAAAGGCGCAAAAGCAUGUUCAACUUACACCGUUGCUACCUUGUCCCCAUACAAGCUUAUCACAUCUCUUCUUGCUUCUGCUUUAGCUACUGGCUCCGUCAACCUACAAACCCACACUCCUGUCACCUCCAUUAACCAAUCAGCUCACGGCGACUUCUUGGUUGAAACACCACGAGGUAUUCUUCGUGCCCGCAAGGUGGUCCAUGCAAAUAAUGCCUAUGUCUCUGGCCUUCUCCCGGAAUACGCCAAGAACAUUAUUCCAUGUAAGGGCAUAUGCUGCCAUAUCACGGUUCCCAAAGGCGCAACUGCACCUCUUGUCGACCACUCAUACAUUAUCCGCACCGAAGAUGGCAUUCUUGAUUACUUGAUUCCUAGGCCCGACGGAAGUAUCAUUGUAGGUGGAGCAUCGGCAACUUUUCGCCCUUACAAAGAGCAAUGGUAUAAUAAGGUGGAUGACGGCAAGUUGAUACAGGCUACCAUGGAAGAGAGAUACUAUGAAAACUUCAUGCAACGUACCUUCCGCGGAUGGAAUAACUCAGGUGCAAAAGUCGAGAGUAUCUGGACAGGAGUAAUGGGAUACUCCUUCGACUCCAACCCCCACAUCGGUCUCGUCCCCGAGAAAUCCGGCCAAUUCAUCAUCGCAGGUUUCAACGGCCACGGCAUGCCUGUCAUUUGGCUUGCCGCAAAGGGUUUAGCAGAGAUGUUGAAAACCGGAAAAGCUUUUGAGGAAGUUCGUGUUCCGAUGCCUCUUCCUAGAUUAUUCAAAACUACCCAGGAGAGAAUCGAUAGAGCACAAAAUGGACCUGAGGGCGGGGAUAUUCUCAAUUGA